GGUUUAUUACUUGCAGGUUUCAUAAACCUUGUCGGAGCUGCUGGGGUUGGCUGGGUCUCCUUCGUCCUGGAUUCAGAAACAUAGACCUAAGCCUUCACCAAUAACAGCUUUCCUCAUUGACGAGAGAGGGGGCAACAAAAAGACAACAAAAAAUGGCAAUAAAAAUUAACACAAAAACGUACGUGUUUUUGUUUUUCUUGGCUUCGGCUGCACUAAUGGCUCAUGCCCACAUUGCCGAGUUUGAUGAUUAUUGGAAAAGUAGAGCCGAGCAAGCCCAGAAAGAUGCUCUCCAAGCUUACCACCCUCAUCCUGAGGAAGUCACAAAUCAAUUAAACUAUGAUGUGGAGGAGGCUCUUACGGUGAAAAACAGCACAAGAAGAGUGUUGCGGGGAAAGAAAAACAAGAAGGGAGGUCCAUGCAUGGCCACUAACCCAAUAGACCGUUGCUGGAGGUGUGACCCCAACUGGGCCAGCAACCGCAAGCGCCUCGCCGACUGCGCCCGUGGCUUCGGCCGCAACUCCGUGGGUGGCAAAUUCGGCCGCUACUACGUCGUCACCGACUCCUCCGAUACUGACCUCGUAAACCCUAAGCCGGGGACUCUCCGCCACGCCGUCAUCCAGAAGGCGCCUCUAUGGAUCAUUUUCGCCCGUAGCAUGAUAAUCCGCCUCUCCGAGGAGCUCAUCAUGACUGGUGACAAGACCAUCGAUGGCAGAGGAGCCAAUGUCCGCAUCGCCUACGGUGCCGGCAUCACGAUCCAGUUUGUCAAGAACGUCAUAAUCCAUAACAUACACAUCCAUGACAUCAAUGCGGGUAGUGGUGGCAACAUUAGAGACUCUAUUAAUCAUAUUGGCUUCAGGACUAAGAGUGACGGUGAUGGUAUCUCCAUCUUCGGAUCAUCCCACAUUUGGAUCGACCACGUUUCCAUGUCUAACUGCCAAGAUGGCCUAAUCGACGCCAUUAUGGGGUCCACCGCCAUUACCAUCUCCAACUGCCACUUCACUCACCACAACGAGGUGAUGUUAUUUGGAGCAAGCGACAGUUAUUCGGAUGACCAAAGAAUGCAAGUGACGGUUGCGUUCAACCACUUUGGGCAAGGAUUGGUGCAGAGAAUGCCAAGGUGCAGAUGGGGAUUCUUCCAUGUCGUAAACAAUGACUACACCCACUGGCUCAUGUACGCCAUUGGUGGUAGCCAGCAUCCCACCAUCAUCAGCCAGGGCAACCGGUUCAUUGCCCCUCUCGAUCUAAAUGCUAAACAGGUAACCAAGAGGGACUAUGCUCCGGAGAGCGACUGGAAGAACUGGAGAUGGAGGUCCGAGGGAGACCUAUUGAUGAACGGGGCAUUCUUUGUUCAAUCGGGGAAGCGCCUUUCGAAAAGGCGAUACUCGAGGCCGGGCAUGAUCAAGUACAAGCCUGGCACCUUUGUCACCAGACUCACUCGCUAUGCCGGAACCCUUGUGUGUGGCAUUGGCAGACCCUGCUAAUCAUUUUUUAAUUUAUGCUCUUUUUUCGAAUUAAUAGUCUGCUAAUUCAUAGAUAUAUGUACUUUGGAAUGUCUAACCUCCCUUGGUGAUAAAUUAAAGAGGACGAGAAAGCUGAAGAAAGGGGUUAGCUAAGCUAUGCAGA